CUUUGGAUAACAGAAAGAAUCGCUCAGCUGCCCUGAAGCCUCGAUAGAAAGACCUGCCAGAAACCAACAUUUUUCUCUAGAAAUAUUGGAGUUCGCUCUGCAUUCUCUCAACAGUCCAUUUCCAGCGUAAUUUUCUUCAGAAUGAUCCAGGAAUUGUCAGUAACUCAGAUCAUGCACUCAAAGCAUGAUCAAACCCAUGGCCACAUAGGACAUCAUUCACUCUAUGAGGACGCAAAGAGCCGCACCUGUUCAGCCGAGAGCGACCGAAGCUUCCUGAGCGACGGGAGCGAGAACAACAACAGUUCCACCUGUCAACACAGCUGCUGCAGGGAAGAAGCAACGACCCAGCUUCACCGCCACAACAAAAGCAAAAAGACGACAAAGAAAGCUCACAAGAAACGUGAAACGAUUGACAGCGAUUUCCUAACAUACUUCAUCUGUCGUCGACCAUAAGAUCGUUCGUAAUUUUUUACCCAUUUAUUUUUAUAAAAUUUCCUGUUCCUUAGUUUAAUGCCUUUUUGUACUUAUUUAUUUUA